GCGGUGCGGCGGGGGCGGGGCCGGGCCCGGGGGCUCGCGGGGCCCUGAGGGGACUCUGAGGGGGCGCUGAGGGGGCGCUGAGGGGAUUUUGGGGGGACACUGAGGGGACACCGGGGGCACAGCGGGGCCAUGCGGCUGCUGCGGUGCCUCGGGAAGCGCGCGGCGCUGGCCGGCGUCCCCACCUACAUCGAGCACUUCAGCAAGUUCUCGCCGUCGCCGCUCUCCAUGAAGCAGUUUCUGGACUUCGGCUCCAGCAAUGCCUGUGAGAAGACGUCGUUCGCCUUCCUGCGGCAGGAGCUGCCCGUGCGCCUCUCCAACAUCAUGAAGGAGAUCAACCUGCUGCCGGACCGGGUGCUGCGCACGCCCUCCGUGCAGCUGGUGCAGAGCUGGUACGUCCAGAGCCUGCUGGACAUCAUGGAGUUCCACGACAAGGACCCCGAGGACCAAGCCACGCUGGGACAGUUCACCAACGCGCUGGUGACGAUCCGGAACCGGCACAACGACGUUGUCCCCACCAUGGCGCAGGGGGUGAUCGAGUACAAGGAGACGUACGGGGACGACCCCGUGUCCAACCAGAACAUCCAGUACUUCCUGGACCGCUUCUACCUGAGCCGCAUCUCCAUCCGCAUGCUCAUCAACCAGCACACCCUGCUGUUCGAUGGCAGCACCAACCCCGCGCACCCCAAGCACAUCGGGAGCAUCGACCCGCACUGCAGCGUGGCCAGCGUGGUGAGAGAUGCCUACAACAUGGCCAAGCUGCUGUGUGACAAGUAUUACAUGGCCUCACCUGAGCUGGAGAUCGAGGAGGUCAAUGCCUGCAACGCUCAGCAGCCCGUGAGCAUCGUCUACGUGCCCUCCCACCUGUACCACAUGCUCUUCGAGCUCUUCAAGAACGCCAUGCGAGCCACGGUGGAGAGCCACGAGAGCAGCCCGAGGCUGCCGCCCGUGCGGGUGAUGGUGGCGCUGGGCCGGGAGGACCUGUCCAUCCGGAUGAGUGACAGGGGCAUGGGCGUGCCCCUGAGGAAGAUCGAGCGGCUCUUCAGCUACAUGUACUCCACAGCGCCCACCCCCCAGCUGGGCUCCGGGGGGGCGCCCCUGGCCGGUUUCGGCUACGGGCUGCCCAUCUCCCGCCUCUACGCCAAGUACUUCCAGGGCGACCUGCAGCUCUUCUCCAUGGAGGGCUUCGGCACCGACGCCGUCAUCUACCUGAAGGCGCUGUCCACGGACUCGGUGGAGCGGCUGCCCGUGUACAACAAGUCGGCGUGGCGGCACUACCAGGCCAGCCAGGAGGGCGGGGACUGGUGCGUGCCCAGCACCGAGCCCAAGAACACCUCCACCUACCGCGUGCCCUGAGCCCCCCGGGAACCCCCCGGGACCCCCAGAGCCGCCCUCGGGGUGUCCCUGAGCGCCCCGGGGGGGUGGUGGGUCGGUGUUCUGGUAUUUGGGGUGUGGGGGUGUCCCGGCGGCACCACCCUGGUGGCACUUAAGGGACAGAGCUGGGAGGGGUUGGAGCAGCACUUGCGGCUUCCAAAAUUCCCCCAGCCGCCCCAGGGGUGCCCCCCAUCCCAGUAAGGGACUGGUUCUGUCCCAGUAGGACCAGCAGCGCUUCCCUGCACCCUGAUGGGGGGGGGUGGGCCAGGCCUGAGCCCCCCCAUCCCUCCCCAUGUUCUGUCCCUGUCCCCCCCCGUUGUUGCACUACUGAGCUGUCCCCACCCCCGUGUCCCCCCACUUGCUGUGACCUGCUCAAACCCCCCCUCCCACCCCCCAAAUUCCCCCCAGCCCCCUCCCAGUGUCAAUAAAUUCGAUGUUGACUGAACCCCUGUGGUGCUUUGGGGUCCUGCUGCCUCAGUCCCCCCCAGAUUUGGGAGGGGGCCGGGGGCUCAGUCCUGGGGUGGCACUUGGGGACACGAGGCCCCCCAGACAGGUGACACCGGCCCUUGAUACCCUUUU